AUGAAGAUAUUACAGUUUAACCAGGAUGCUAGUUGUUGUGUAAUAUCACCAUCUGACGACACAGUAAACAUCUAUAAUUGUGACCCAUUUGGCAAAUGUUUCGAAUUCAAUACAAGACAGGAUAACAGUAAUAAUACCGAAAAUACCAGUGGGGAUAGCAAUUCCAAUAAUAUGAUGCUCGGUGGAACAGAAGAUGAUGAAGGGAAUUCGAUUGACAAAGUAAGACAGAAUAAUACUAAACAGGCAGUUACUGACGAUGACGGAUUUGUGGUCGAAAUGUUGUUUUCCACUAGUCUGGUGGCUAUUUGUGAUAGAAACCAGGGCCCCAUAAAAAGCAAAAGAUUAAAAAUUGUUAACACUAAACGCAAGACUAUAAUAUGUGAGCUUGUAUUUCCUCAUGAAAUCGUAGAUGUUGCGAUGAAUAGAAAGAGAAUGUGCAUUUUAUUAGAAAAUGAACAAAUAUUUAUUUAUGAUAUAUCCUGCAUGAAACCACUAGAGACAAUUGACCUAUGGGAAACUCCAAAGGUAGACUCGACAAAUGAUACAGCUAACUCCGCAGAGGCCUCACAACGUGCCAAUGCACACCUUCAAAGGAGUGAAUUUUCAAGAAAGAGGAGAAAUUCUUUAACCAGUAAAAUUCGUCCUCGAAUUGUCUUGAGUAAUGACGAUAGAAGUAUAUUAUGUUAUACUUCUUUCAGUAUGUCGAAUAGUAAACCUGGAUCCUAUUUAAUAAAGGAUAUAGUAGUAUAUGAUGCAUUGAAUGUGAAACCGAUAAAUUAUAUCAAUAAUGUACAUAAAGGAAAUAUAUCAUGUCUAGCUAUAAACCAUGACGGGAAACUUAUAGCUACAGCUUCAGAAAAGGGCACUAUAGUGAGAGUAUUUAGUACAGGCGUCGACAUGACUUUCACAUCAAAUAAACAACUUCAAUACGAAUUCAGAAGAGGUACCAGACCUUCAAACAUAUAUCAACUAAUAUUCAAUAAGACAUCAACAUUAGUGGGAUGUGUUGGUGAUACCGAUACAAUUCAUUUGUUCUCAUUAACACAACCGAAUGUGGAUGGUUAUCUACCAGUCCUAGAAAAUGGUAAUUCAACACACAUAGAACAAGAAAAUAAUGAAGUAAGUACAUCAAGCCUUUCAUCAGGUUUGAAAAACUCAGCAGAAAGACCAAAACAGUUUGCCAGCUUCUUGUCGAAAAAGAUUAAAGCUUCCAUAUCUAAUCAAAGCAUUAGUCGCGAUUUUGCUCAUAUUAAUGUAAAAGAAAACACAAAACACUGUAUCGGAUUUCCAAAUGAAUAUCCUAAGGAGGUAUAUGUUAUAGGGAAUGAUGGUAUGUUUUUAAUAUAUGCAAUCCCUUCAAGUCCUGGUGAAUGUAUACUAUCUAAGUCUAGCACAUUUGUAUGA